AUGAAAGUGGUGUGUGCUCGAAUGAUAGGUGAUAGUGCCCCACCAGAACCAGAUACAAGUCCAGACCCGAGUCCAGACCCCGUACCAGAUCUACACUUAAACCCGGGGCUGGACCAGGACUUGGAUCAAACUCUAGACCAGGACGUGGACCCUGUGGGGUCUCAGUGCUGCUGCUCAGGAUCCAGAGGGAAGCUGCUGCUGCACUGUUUCCUGCAGGGACUGAAGGCCGGACUCAGCGAAGGAACAGAUGCCCGUCACCAGGUGGCGAUGCAGCUGUUGCACUCUGAAUGGGAGUACGUCUCGACUCUGAACCAACUCUAUGAGAAAUACCGGACCCCCCCGGACCACCACAUCUCCCCACAGCCAUAUCAGACGUACGUGACGUAUGUGGAGCAGCUCCUCCAGAGGCAGCUGCUCUUCAGAAACACUCUUCAAGAGCGGCUCUCGGCUGAACACUGGAAAUCUUUGAUCGGAGACAUCCUGGUUCAACUUAUCGGACAAAACGACUCUUCGUUCUCAGACAUGUAUUUAGGUUACACCAUGACUCUGGCCUCGUUCCUCUCUCUGGAGUUCAGCCGCCUCAACCAGACGGAGCAGAGCCACAAACUGCAGAGCUGUGACCUGGAGCGAGAGGAGAUGAAACUUCUGUCUUUACUUUUGGCUCCAGUCUCAAGGAUCCAUGGAUAUUUGAGCCACAUACAGAGCUUGUUGCAGUGGACGGGUAAAGAUCACCCAGACUGCAGCCUCCUCCUGGGGUCAGAGCGAGCACUGAGGUCCCUCCUGAAUCAGUGUCACCAAAUCCUGGAGCGGGACGUCCAGUGGGAGCAGCCAGAAGGGGGCGCCAUCAGCGGCUGCAGUGACACAGCGGCCUCUGGUGGAGUCUCUGGGAACAGCAGAGAGGACAAGCCUGGAGCACAGAGAGACAAAACCACUCUCACAAACGGGAUCGCAUCCUGCCCCUCUCUGCGUGUGGAGUGUCUAUCUUGUAGCCCCAUUCGCCGAAAAUCAACUUUAUCCCAGAAACCUCCUCCCAACCCCCCCAGGAACUGCCCCCACUGCUCCUCCCUCCAUCUCCUUGCUCCCCGGGACCCCUCUCAGUGCUGGGGGGAAACAAGUGACUCCGGCCAGGGCACGUACACCCACAGUCACGCUACGGUGGGGCCCACGACAGAGCUGCGCGAGGGGGACACAGACGUGGAUGAGGACACUUUCGAUUAUUCCUCAGUGACGUCAUGCAGCCCGGAUGGGACCCUGCAGAGGGAAAGUGGAGAAGAAGAGGACAGCCAUGUGCCAGUGCUGCUCAAGCCGAGGGAGAGGACGGUGUGUUUGCGAUGGCAGAUUCCAAGACUGACUCCUCACCCGCCCCUCAGGAGGGUGGGGGCAGAGGAGGGGGAGCGGCGAGGGACAGAGGAGGGGGGUGGGGCUAAGAAGCUGGUGACGGUCAUGACGGGGUCCCCUCCUCUGCACCCGAAGAGUGCGUUCAGACCCAUAUGGGACGACCCCACGAAACAGUUGGACUCGGCUCCAGAGAGAGACAGCAGACAGGGCUUUGUCCCGAUCCAGGCUCCCAGGCCCAGCUUCCACCUGUUCAACACUCACAGAGAAAACCUCAGACAGAGCCUCCUGCAGCAGAGAGGAGCGCCCCCCGGAGGACACCAGAGUAACAUGACCACAGGAGCUUCACUGUGGGACGACAGUGACAGUGAGGGCCCCUGCAGCACUGUUUAA